CGUGCUGACGUCAUGGGUUUUCCCACGUGCAGAUGUUUAUGCUCCUCGUGCGCGUCUUUGCGAGCGAGACACUGAAGGAACAAAGGGUGAGCAGAGACACGGACAUGUUCUAUUCGACAAACGUUAGAUUUCGGAUUAAAAUGGAAGCCUAAAGGAGGGUUACAGUGCAUGCAUUGACGACUACGACCAUUGAAGUGCAAUUAUCGAUGGUUAUAGUCAGAUACGAGCUAAAGCUACUCGCUGAAAAGGAAAUUUUGGAUUUUCUCCGCGGGGCUCAUGAACGCACCAUCGCUCUUCCCCGGAUUUAACGUGAACGCGCUCGGCUUGUAAACACAAGCUCACGCGUUGAGCACAAAGAAGAAACGGCAGCGGUCAGCCAGCAGGUGAUCCCGGCGGCCAGGUGUCAUGACAACCGGGCUGGAUGUGUCGCCCUCACCCGGACAUCCGUUCGCCAUCACAGUCGCUAAUUUCCCACUUUGUGUCGAGUCGUCGUUGUUAAUGGAGGGGAGACAUUAAGCUCCAGGCGAUAUCAGAGCCUUUGUUUGACCGCUUGUUGUUUGCUAAUCGGCUUGCUAGCAUUAGCUGCCUCCAUUUCUACCUUUUCCCCAGCUGUCUAGCUAGCAUUAGCCGCGAGCGUCAACUGUUAUCCCCACGACGGUCGCUUGUUUUCGGUCUUGACCGACAUGUCCUUCGCUAUGGAGGACAACCUCGAGUCCGGCUGGGUGUCCGUUCGACCCAAAGUGUUCGACGAAAAAGAGCGACACAAAUAUGUUUUCAUCGUGGCCUGGAACGACGUCGAGGGAAAGUUCGCCAUAACCUGCCACAACCGGACGGUUCAGAAGCGGGCCACCUUCCUGGACCCGCUGCUCGACUGGAGCCCCGUGGCGGCAGAAGCGGACUCCAAACAAACUAAAGUUCGCCCGAAGAAAGGAAAAACUGAUACGACGACAGAAUCGUGGGAUAUGGUGACACCCAGGGUAACUGACAUGGAGUUCGUCGACACCAUGGAUGUCCCGGAGGUCCCUCCGGACGGCCCCGAGCCAGGCGGCCGUCAGGACUUCAGCUGGGCCGGUCUCUUCUCCUCUCAGGACUUGCGCUCAGCCCACCUCCAGCUGUGCGAAGUCAACUCGGACCUGGAGCCCUGCUUGCCACCCUUCCCGGAGGAGCCAUCCGGCGUGUGGUCCGUCCUGUUCGGCCCCGGCGUCGUGUCGUCUCCACGGGAGACGGAGGCGCUGUGCUACCAGCUGCAGGUGUACCUGGGCCACGCUCUCGACACCUGCGGAUGGAAGAUCUUCUCGCAGGUGCUCUUCUCUGACAACGACGACACGGAGGAGUACUACGAGAGCCUCAGCGAGCUUCGGAGGAAAGGCUACGAGGACGCGCUGGAGAGAGCCAAGAGACGCAUGCAGGAGGUGUUGGACCAGCACAGGGCCAUGGACAGCAUGGUGGAGCUGCUGCAGGUCUACCCCGAGGAGGACGAGGCGUACGGGGAGCUGCAGGAGGCCACCACCCAACUCUACCACUACUUGCUGCAGCCCUUCAGGGACAUGAGGGAGCUGGCUAUGUUGCGCAGACAGCAGAUUAAGAUCUCGAUGGAGACAGAGCGCCUGGGUCCCCGCCGCGUGGAGAGCCUGAGGAAGGAGGACGAGGAGUGGCAGAAGAAGGCUCACGCCGCCGUUCUCGCCAUCCAGGACCUCACCGUCAAGUUCUUUGAAACCACCAAUCGGGCACAGAAAGCGCUGUUCGAGCGAAUGCGCGCCGAUCAGCGCAAGUUCGGCAAGUCGGCGUGGGCGGCGGCGGUGGAGCGCAUGGAGCGGCUGCAGUACACCGUCGCCAAGGAAACACUGCAGCUGAUGCGGGCCAAGGAGAUCUGCCUGGAGCAGAGGAAGCACAGCUUGAAGGAGGAGAUGCAGAGCCUGCAGGGUGGCGAAGACGCGAUGUUGCACCUGGACCAGCUGGAGGCGCUCUACUACGAGCUCCAGCUGCAGCUCUACGACAUCCAGGCCGAGGUUCUGCGCUGCGAGGAGCUGCUGAUCGCCGCUCAGCUGCAGAGUCUACGCCGACAGAUCACAGAGAGACAGGAGGAGGUGGUCUACUACGAUGCUUUCGAGAGCCCCGACGCCAUGAAGGGCGACGAGGAUCCGGUCGGACCGCCGGCCCCCCUCAGAGAUGAAGACUUCGGCGUCCUGCAGCAGAGGACGCGGCAGCUGGAGGCCCGCAGAGGACGCAUCACCGCCAAGAAAGUCUACCUUAAAAACAAGAAGGACAUUUGUAUCUCCAGCCACAAGCAGAAGCUUCUACAGCGUCAGGGGGUCCUCAGGGACCACACCUCUCUGCAGGUUCACCAGGAAGAUGAAGCUGAGCAGAACGCACGUGUGAGUCAGGAAAGACAAAGAACUCUGGACAGACUUCGCAGUCUCAACCAGCGCUACCCGGGCCAGGUGAAGUCCAGCCGCAUGAGACAGCUUCAGAGCCGGAAACGAGCGGGUCAGCCUCCCAGCACGCAGGCGGCCAGCGUGCAGACCGACUGCAUCUCCGACCUGCCGGAACUUUCCGCCCCGCCCCUGGGUGAUGCCUGCGGCUGCGACAGCGUCUCCCUGCCCCCCCUCAAUCUGGACAACCUGGACUCGUCUCCUCCGUUCCUCUCCUUGCCUCCUCUCCCGGCGUCCUCGUCCAUUCUCACCAUAGCCGCCGUAGCUCCUCCACCUCCGCCGCCACCGCCUCCUCCGCCACCACCACCACCUCCUCCGCCAUCCCUGGAGGACCAGCAUCUCAGUGAAGUGGCGCCGCCCGCCAUCGAGCGCCCGCCGCCGCUUAAAUGCGAGCCGGAGUCGUCCUCGCUGCCGUUUUCUCCACGCUUCUUCGACAGCAGUCAGCUGCUGACGGCCCGCAAGAAGCUGAGGAAGACAUCGUCUGUGGACGCCACGCAGUGGAGGCGAGCGAGCUCCCCCAUGGACGAGGUGCUGGCGUCGCUGAAGCGCGGCAGCUUCCACCUGAGGAAGGCAGAGCUCCGCGUGCUGGCGCCCGACCCGGACGACGACAGCAACAACAUCCUGGCUCAGAUCCGCCAGGGUGUACGCCUCAAGCAGGUGCGCGCCCGCCCUGAGCAGCGGCCGCCGCGCCAUGCCCGCGGCUUCCCCCACUCGGCCGACGCCCUGACGCGCAGCAUCCACGAAGCGCUCAGGAGGAUCAAGGAGGCGUCACCGGAGUCCGAGUCGGAGGACGAGGGCCUGCCCUGCGCCGACUGGGAGAACUGAGACGCUCGGGGUGUUUCAACAACAACAACAACAACAAAAGACACUUUUUCUAUCAGAGGUAUGUUUUGUAACAUUUGGGAUACGACCUUUCACCUCCGUCGAGUUGUGCUGUAGUUUGCCGUGUGGUUUGCUGUUUACCAUCACUUGUACUGUUUGUGGCGCGUUUCCACGGAAACUAAAAAAAAAACAUUUACUACAUAUGGAAUUUAUUUCAGCGUUUGUCGGGUAAAUGUGUCUGCUAACGGAAUUCAGUGUUUCCCAGUCAUUCAUUAUUUGUGGCGGUCCAGAUUUAUCUGUGGCGGUCUUGCUACUGUACACACGGUUCCAACUCCGUACAGUAGUCAGCAGCGUACAGGGUGUAGCCGCCACAAAUGGAUGGCAGUCCUGUGGGGAAACACAGCCAUUGCUUUCAAAAGGCUUCUUAAAGCAACAGUACACCACUUCUGGAGCUCGCUUAACAUGGCUGCCCCCUGCUGGUAACACACUGUCUCUUUUAGCUGAUUGGAGUUUUUCUUUUUCUUCACUGCCUUCUUUUCCAAGCUGAUUUUUUUUUUAUAAUUAUUACUGAGUGUUGUGUGAUUUCUUUUUUUCUUAUUUAAGUUUAUCCUGGUGUAUGACAUCCGUCAAACGUACUCUUCAGGGCUGCAUUCCCUCAGCUUAGCUUAGUUUAGCAUGAAGGCUAAACAGCGCUAACAACCCACAGUAGGCAAAAAGGACGUACGUUGAUUUCUAACCAUUCCUUUUUUUUUUUUUGAAUUGGUCAAAGAGUUUGUACUUGUCCUUGUCUUGUCUUUCUGCUUUUUAAAAAUUAUUACAAAGAAAAAUGGAGCAGAACAAGCCGAGCAGGAUCGGUUGGACCUUGCAGCAGACGUGCAAUAAUAUGAAUUAACUUUACUGAAUCACAACAAAAAAUUAUAUAUAUAUACUAUAUAUGUAUAUAUAUAUAUAUAUAUAUAUAUAUAUAUAUAUAAAACACACACACACAUAUAUGCAUGCAUGCUUAAAUGUAUCGAAGUAUUUAUUGACACUUCAUAUUUUAAAGAUUUUUUUUAAGAACACAAUUGUACUUUGUUGUACUAGGUUGUUUUUGUAUGCCAAAAUUAAAUAAAUACAAAGCAGAUGAAAUAAGUUCAUAAGUUGUCCAUGAAUUCAUACAAUUGUGAAAUAUUUAUUAACUUAUUGUACUGAACCUGUUAUUUCAUUAGCUUUUUUAUUUGUUAUUAUGGCCUUUUAUUUCAUCAUCUUGCAGCGCUAUUAAAUUAAAACAAAUGGAUCAUGAAAUAGGUCCAUAGGUUCAGUACAGUCACUUGUAAUUGCAUUUCACCAGUUAAUUAAAAUGUGGAUAAAUUUCAUCAUAUUUAUUUAAUUUUGGUCCACAACUAAACCAGUUUUGAUCCCUGACAUUCCUUCCUGCUUUCUAUUCCUGUUUUCUUUUCUUUGA